CUGCAACCGAUGCCUCCUCCCUUCCCUCACUCUCCUUGUGGGUCGGGGGGAAUCUCUCCACCCUCUGCCCUUCUGGGAACAACACGGAUAAUUCAGCCCAUUCCAUCUCUCCACUUGUGGGGACUUAAUCACAAGGUGUAACUGGCGUACAUGACUCCUGAACGGCUCCGCUCAGGCUGAUUUAAGGGACAGGUAUUCGGCUUCAAGUCCAAGAAAUCUUUCGCUAUGACGGAUAAGGAUGGGUGGCAGGAGGACCCCGCAGAAUACUGCCCGGGUGGGUACCACCCAGUGCAAGCUGGAGAUAUGCUGAACAGAAGGUACCAAGCCAUUCACAAGGUGGGAUGGGGCUACUUCUCUACUGUUUGGCUGUGUCACGAUUUACAGAAAAAGAAGAAGGUGGCAGUGAAAAUUUCAAAAAGUGGCCGAAGGUUCAGUGAAGCUGCAUUGGAUGAAAUCUCCAUACUGAAUUGUGUAAACGGUGCACGGAAGAAAGAAUCUCAAGGGGAGAAUGUCAUUCAGCUGCUGGAUGACUUUAAAUUGAUUGGAGAAAACGGCCUUCAUGUGUGUCUGGUGUUUGAAUUGCUGGGACCAUCUCUCCUGCAUCUAAUGAGGAAUCACGGCUCGGAAGGACUGCCUCUAACGUGUGUGCGCAGGGUUCUCCAGCAGGUGCUGCAAGGUCUCAACUUCCUUCACAAGAGAUGCCGAAUUAUCCACACCGACAUCAAACCGGAAAACAUCCUCGUGUGUGUGAAGGCAGACAAUCUGCAGCAGUGCAUGGCCGAAGCGACUAUCUGGAGCCAGAAUAAAGCUGGUGACCGUACAGAGCAAGGUGUUGAUGUGAACUUCCUAACUCACCUGUUUGAGAGCGGAAAUUCUGACAUGCUGGGAGUGAAAAUCGCAGACCUGGGCAGCAGUUGCUGGACCUAUAAAGCCUUUUCGGAGGAAAUCCAAACCCAGCAGUACAGGGCACUGGAGGUUCUUUUGGGCUCAACCUAUAGCACUCCUGUGGAUAUAUGGAGCACUGCGUGUAUGGCAUUUGAAAUGGCCACGUCAUACUAUCUGUUUGAGCCCCACGCUGGAAAAACCUUCACCAGAGAAGAUGAUCACAUCGCCUGCAUCAUGGAACUGCUGGGUCGCAUCCCACCCAAAGUUAUUUCUUCUGGGAGGAAGUCCCCUGCAUUCUUCAAUAAGCAAGGGGAUCUGCUACGUAUCCCUCAGCUGUACCCCUGUGGGCUUUACGACACCCUCGUCAGACGGCACAGAUGGCAGAAGAACGAAGCCCUUACAUUUGCCAGUUUUCUCCUGCCAAUGCUGGAAUAUGUCAGUGAAAAAAGGGCAACGGCGGAAACGUGUCUCCAACACCCGUGGCUCCAGUGCUGAGAGCGAGAGACUGUGUGUUUAUAGGAAUCACUCUUUACCUCGGAUGUGGAUCUCUCUGCUAGAAUAGCACGUACUUUAGAUGCACCACGUGUUAUUCUAGCCUAGGAAUGCCAGGAUGGUGAUUUCCCAGCAUGCUUAGCAGCCAGCGCCAUCAGUAGCAGGAUGCCAUGCAGAAAGGACAUCAGAACUGUAGAAAGCACAGUGUAAAAUGGGCUUCCCCUAGGUGCAUUGCCGCUAACCAUCAGUUCAUGGAAAUUAGAAUUUGUAAUAUAGGAUUUAGAAGAUUUUUUUCUCCCACAUUUGCUUGACUUGGUUGAACUUGAUGGACUCAGAUCUUGUGUCAGCCUUGCCCACUAUGUUGCUAUGUAUCAAAUACACUCUUGUAACCUGGAAGAACCCUAUUUUCCAUUAAAUAAAAAAAAGUAUAUUCUCACCACAUAUUAUCUGCACGCUUACAGCACCAGGAAUCGUCGCUUCCAUAGUAAUAGCACGGACUGCGCCUUCUCAAUAGAUCAAUGUGUUGAUCACUGCGUCAAUAACUCCAUGCAUUAAACUGAAUCUGCAAUAAAUUAUCUAAGGGGAUGUAAACCCAAGCAUAAA